CCCUUUUUCGGCCGAACUACCCUAGACUAUUUAUUAUGCUGUCAAGGAUUGGCAGAAGUGUCUUAAUAAGGCAAAGCUCUUCCGCAAUUCGACAAAAUUUGAAAAAUUUAUAUAAACACAGUACUCGAUGCGCAAAUGUUAUUGAAAAGUCUGUUCCUGAAAUACAGACAGUAGCUGUGAGAGCCUUCGCAACUCAACAAGUCGAUAAAGUGACCGAGCCUCUCACUAUAAAACUUAAAUUACAGCAGCAACAACAUAAUCAAGCACAGAAAACAUCCAGAACUCCACAACAUUAUUUUAAUUCUUUAGUAUGGAGUGAAAAUACAGGCAAUGUGAAAAAUGCUAUCAACGUUGUUAGAGAGGCGCAAGAAAAAGGGGAAGACUCCGAGGAACUUUAUAUUGACUUCUUAAAGACACUAAACAACCUACCUUUUGCGACUGAAGAAUAUGCAGUUGUGGCCAAGUGGUUUUACUCACCCGAAACACCAUUAUCUAAAAAUGUAUUAGAAAGUAAAAAUGUAUGGAUUCAAGUAUUGAAGUUAGGUCUCGGAUUUGCAUCUACCUACCGUGUUGAAGAUCUGCGUGCUCUUAUUAAACAAUUCGAAGCAAGGUUCGACUUGGAUACUAUGAACAAUCAAGAAGCAUGGCAAUUAUUGAUCAGAGCUUACGGUGUUUUGAAUAAAGCAGAUAAAGUGAAUGGAAUUAGCGAGAAGAUAAUGGCAUUAUUAUCGAAGCAAAAUGACCAUGAGCAAAACGCCAAAUUCUAUCACUAUGCAUUAAUGGCUCAUGCCGAAAUCAGCAACCACAAUGAAGUUGACGAAUUGUUAAAAAAGAUGAAAGAGCAUGGUUUGCUGAGUCGCCGAACCCUGCUUAGAUUGAUUCGUUGUUAUGGAUUUAACGGUGAUAUUGAGCAUACUAAGAAAUACACAGAAUUAUGCGAUCAACUUUUCCCAGAAAAAGAGAAAUGUGAUAAAAGUAUGCUAUUGAUUGCUCAUCGAGUAGCGCUGGAGAAAUAUCAUAAACACUUAAUCACAACAAGAGGCGUACGUGGAUUGAAGUUGAAGCCUAAUGACACAACAGCUUUGAAUAAAAUACACGCAUCUUGGGACAAACUUACAAAGGAUAUGUUCUCAAACAAUGACAAAGAUUCAACGCCUGUACACAUCACUGACUGCAAUAAUGUUAUUGCAUACCUUACAAUCGCGAACCAUAUCGAUCCAAUACAAUUUCCUUUGGAAAAGGCUGAAGAGAUUUUCAACACUUACAUGCCAAACCAUUAUGUCCAACCUGAUGAUGUAACUUACUACACUAUGCUCAGAGGCUAUGCCAGGACUCAACAGUACAAUGAUGGAACACGUAAUAUUCGUUUAAAUAAGACGCUGCAAAUGUUAGAAAGAAUGCAGGUUGAAGGCGUGGACACCGCUAAUUCUAGUACUUUCCACGCCUUAUUCAGGGCUUGCAUUCCUCACCAGGAUGGAAAGUAUUAUUUUGACCAUUUCAAAUUGAAAUCUUCAUUACCAGCUCGACCCAAUCAAUACUAUCGAUUUCAUUUGGAUCAUCGUUUAUUUGAAAUUGAAAAAAUCAUGUUGGAAGCCGAAAUUCCACAUGAUCGCUAUACCAUUUUAACUAUGAUGACAUGUUUGGCGGCAGCUGGACAAUACAAAGCACUAUACACACGAUGGCGCUCACUCGCAGUUAAUGGUAUACGUAGGGAUAUGGACAUGUAUCGCCAUAUGUUUUCUCUUUGUUCUCUGGAAGUUAGAACUGCCAAUAAAGCUCUAAUGGUACUAAGGAAUGAAAUGGCAAGGGAGAUUCCUAAACAACGUCAAAGUUGGGAUACUUAUGUCGCAUUAUUGGAUUGCUGUAUUACUUUGCAGAGAGGUGAUUUGGCUCGCACUAUUGCUUCGGAAAUGAUGAAUGCACAACGCGUACAGCAUAAAAAGAGGACUCAUCCAGCAGAUUUAGCCAAAUGGCCAGCUGAAAAUGACCCUCAAUACUACGCACCUUUACUUCGUGUUGCAGUGGCGAUACCCAACAGUAUUAGCUAUAAAGACCUUGUCUCCAAGAUGGAUAACAACAACGUAGAAUACAAUCAAGGAAUUUGGGAAGCAUUACUAUCCAAACCUGCCAUAGACGGAGAUAUCGAUGGUGUUCGUCAAAUAUUCAAUAAAUAUACAAUGUACAGAUUUGAAAAAUUAGGCAAGAUCCCUACACCUGUUCGCAAUGAACCAGGUGCUGCUGUUAUCCCUUUCCCUACAGCGCCUUAUAAUACCACCGAUAUGCAAUUCAUUGACAUGUUUAUGGCUUCAACAGUGGACUUGGAAGACAUAUCUUUGGUCUUCGAUUGCUUACGAACUCUAAAGGAACAAACCAAUAUCAUCGGCCUAUCACGUCGAACUUUGCUAGGUAUCACCCGUUUGGCAAUUAGGGAGAAAUCUUAUGACAACCUGAAAUACUUAGGAGAAGAAAUAUUACCUUGUGUUCCUUAUGAGAACCAAACCAUCCGAAAGAUGUACAAAAAGAUUAACUAUCAUCUUCAAAAAGUAUAGAGGAAUAAACUAUCCUUCACAUUAUUCUUGUAAACCUUCCGUAAGAAUGAUGUUUUACAACUUUGC